GUUCUAGAAAUACCUCACUUUCUGGGAGACUGAACUUCAUUCCUCGAACAGAUUCAUCAAAUUGGAUUGUAUUACAGAUUUGAGGAUUUUAUUUAUAUAUUUAUAUAAGAAAAAUCUUAAUUAAAAGAUCAGGUUACAACAUAUUGAGGAAAAGGGUUUUUUUUUUUUUGUUAAUAAAGAUUGAGGGUAUAUUUCCUUAAAGGUGAAGUGCUUCUUGAAAAAACAUACUGUGAAAUAAACACAAAUAGGCACAAACUAGACUGUUCUGCACAAUGGAAAUAAAAUGCCACAGUCUAUUACAAAAGUACACAAACUGACAUCUUAAAAUGACGCACUACACUUAAAAUUGAACAUAUACAUAAUCAUAUACAUGAUUGCACUAAUUGAUGCAAGUUAAAUGACAAAACUAAUGCAGACUAUUGCAUUAGUACAACUAAUGAGUACAACUACUCCCAUCAUGCCAUAAACAAGAAACACAGUACAAAAAAAAGGCCACAUUAGUUUCACAAUUGCAGUGUUGACAAAAAAAAUGCUACAUUUUUUUUUAUAAUUAUGCAAUUAAUCCACAAAAAUGCACUAAAAUUGCACAAACAAACCAAUUCCAGAUUUUUUGUUUACAUAACUAACAUACAAAAUGUCACAGAGAAUGCUCCAGUUACACAACGAACACAAUGCAUCAGACAGUACUAUAAAUACACAACUAAUAGUUUGUCUCUUCACUGUCUCUCAGCUUCGUUGCUGAGAAAACACAUCCUAAAACACUAAAUAGUGCUCAUGAGAUGUGCGCUGUCGCAUGCCUGCUAUUUUAACACACUAUUUAUCACCACAGUGCGGGUUUUCGCGCAUAGCCAUGCUCUUGUCUCCAGCUGGAUUUUUCAGGAGCCGCCCACUCCUUCUCCAAAUCACCUCUCGGUGAGUGACAAGCGCGCUGACCAAUCGCAAAGCCCGAAGGCAAAUUACUCAAUCACGCGUGGAAUCCGGUUGGCUGAGAGUCCAGCUCUUUGGAAAUCACACUUGGUUGAAUGGCAAUACAAAGCACCCAAAAAGGGUGAUGCAUAAUCGAUAGUGUGCGUGCGCGCGCCCGUGUGUGUGUGUUCUUCUAGACGCAAAAACCUGCACGGCUCGCGCUCGUGGUGCGCGCGCACACACACACACACACACUCCACCAGCAGCUGCAUCUUCAGUGCCGGACUCGUUUGUGCAUCGGUGCCUGGGUGAGAGCUGGUGCUUGUCGCGGCAACGUGAGCGUGGAAGGGGCGUGUGAAAUGCAUCCACAGCUCGAGCGAAUUCGCUAGUGGACAGCUCUGAGGUCACGACGGCGCGCGCGGACCUUAUAAUCAGGGAUCGUGAAUGUGUCGUGAUGAUUUCGGACAUGAGGGGAAAUCAUCCUCCUCCUCCUCCUCUUCAUCCUCACCAUCAUGCAACCAUCUAGUGGGCAAGCGCCGCUCGCGCAGGUGAUCGUCUCUCUCGGAGAUCUCUAGACCGAUGGAUCAGUGCGGACUGUACGAUGGAGUGUUUUUCUGUCCUCUCCGGUCCCACUUGCUCUCUCUGAUCGGACAGGCUGCUCUGUUUGUUCCGCAUGUCAAAUGAAAGCAUCUGAGAACCUCGCAAGGAUGGUCGUGUCUCUAGAAAAAUAAAGAACCGCAAAAUUUUGUAGCCUCACUGGGAAUAUUUCCAGCCAACAUGGAAAACGAGAGGAAUACCAGUACAACAUGCAGGGCUGUAUCCCAGUGCAGCAGGGUUUAUUUCCCAUGAUGCUUUUGAUUGCGCAGGGACCUGUCCUUAAUGAGUGCAUUGCAUGUUUAAUUAUUUUCCGCUCUCUCAAUAACGCCAGUUUGCAUUUUAUUAUUAUUAUUAUUAUAAUAAUUAUUAUUAUUAUUUCAAAGUUGUCCUUUAGAUGCUUGCUUGUUGAACUUGCAUAUGCAUGUGGAUUUAAUGCGCAGGGGAUAUUUAGAAAGUAGGCUUCCUUGCGCAAAGCUGUAUUUCAUUUAGGUGGAAUUGAUACACUAUUAUACAUGGUUGUGCUUUAAUCUUUUUUUACCUUCAAUGCCUGCAGAAACAUUGCGGCCUCUUUUCUGAACUGAUCCCGAGCAGAACAUCUUGUAAAAUUUUUUAUUUUUUGGGGGGGGUAGUGUGGAAGGGUGAAGGCUCAGGUCUCAUAUGCAGAAAUCAUGUCCAGGUCGAACAGUGUGAGUCCGCCGGGUGUGGGAGCGCCGGUCCUGCGGGGAGGACACGAGCACAGAUCGGCCUGGGCCGAAGCCGAGGCCCUUUCUAACGGAUGUCCAUACUCGGCUAGGUCGAACAGAAAGCUAACGCGUACCAGCAGCCGCUGGAGGAGGGAGGAGGAAGAAGAAGAGGAGGAGGAGGAGAAGAAGAUCGCCGAGCGCCAAGCGGGACGCACGAGCUCCGUGGUGGCCCGGGUCAGUUUCAGGUCCAAGUCUGCGUGGCAGGAGAGCGGCGGCGGCAAGCAUGAGCGCUCGUCGCCGCGUCAUGCCAACGAAGAAGUGAGACCCAAAUCGGUGGAGUUGGGCUUGGAGGAACGGACGAGGAACAAGUGCAGGGCGGAGGACGAGGCGCUCGCGCCCGACGUCGCCUUCUCCUUCGGCGCGUGCUGCCGCGGCGCCAUGCACGUCUUCAGGUCCAAGAAGUUCCAGUCGGAGAAGCUGGAGAGGCUCUACCAGCGUUACUUUUUCCGCCUGAACCAGAGCUCGCUGACCAUGCUAAUGGCCGUGCUGGUGCUCGUGUGCGCCGUCAUGCUCGUCUUCCACUGCGCCGCGGGGACCUACCAGCUCCCCUACGUGGUGGUGUUCUCGGCGUCAAUCGCGCUCGUGCUCGCGCUCAUGGCGGCGUGCAACCGCACCGGCUUCCACCAGGACCACAUGUGGGUGGUGUGCUACGUGGUGAUCGCGACCGUGCUGCUGGUGCAGGCGGUCGGCGUGGUGCUGGUGCAGCCGCGCAGCGCCUCUGAAGGCGUGUGGUGGACCGUGUUCUUCAUCCACGUCGUGUACACCCUGCUGCCUGUCAGGAUGCGCGCUGCCGUCAUCACCGGACUCACACUCGCCGCUAUUCACGUGCUGACAUCCUGGAGACUAAACGACUCAGACCCGUUUUUGUGGAAACAGCUUGUGGCGAACGUGCUGAUCUUCUCCUGCACCAAUAUAGUAGGUGUGUGUACACACUACCCAGCAGAAGGCUCACAAAGGCAGGCCUUCCAGGAGACAAGAGAAUGCAUUCAGGCUCGUCUGCACUCCCAGAGAGAAAACCAGCAACAGGAACGCCUCCUCCUCUCUGUGCUUCCCCGCCAUGUUGCCAUGGAGAUGAAAGCCGACAUAAAUGCCAAGCAGGAGGAUAUGAUGUUUCACAAGAUCUACAUCCAGAAACACGACAAUGUGAGUAUCCUCUUCGCCGACAUCGAGGGAUUCACCAGUCUGGCAUCUCAGUGCACGGCUCAGGAGCUGGUCAUGACCCUGAACGAGCUGUUUGCAAGAUUUGAUAAACUGGCCGCUGAAAAUCACUGCCUACGGAUUAAGAUCCUUGGAGAUUGCUACUACUGCGUAUCGGGUUUACCAGAGGCCCGAGCUGACCACGCUCACUGCUGUGUGGAGAUGGGUGUGGACAUGAUUGAGGCUAUCUCAUUGGUGAGAGAAGUCACAGGCGUCAAUGUGAACAUGCGAGUGGGGAUCCAUAGCGGCCGAGUCCACUGUGGCGUCUUAGGUUUGAGAAAGUGGCAGUUUGACGUCUGGUCCAAUGAUGUCACGCUUGCAAAUCAUAUGGAGGCAGGAGGAAAAGCAGGCCGUAUCCACAUAACUAAAGCUACGCUGAACUAUCUGAAUGGGGACUAUGAUGUGGAGCCUGGAUUUGGAGGAGAAAGGAAUGUCUAUCUGAGGAAGCACAACAUUGAAACGUUUCUCAUAGUGGGAUGCAGCCAGAAGAGGAAAGAAGAAAAGGCCAUGAUCGCAAAGAUGAAUCGGCAGCGGACUAACAGCAUCACCCACAACAGUUCACACUGGACAGACCGGCCAUUUUAUAACCACCUUGGUGGCAACCAGGUCUCCAAAGAAAUGAAGAGAAUGGGAUUUGAAGACCCCAAGGACAAACAUUUCAUUUUCAGAAACACUCAGGAAAACCUGAACCCCGAGGACGAAGUGGACGAGUUUUUGGGCCGUGCCAUUGACGCUCGCAGCAUUGAUCGUCUGCGCUCUGAACAUGUCAAGAAAUUCCUGCUGACCUUCCGGGAGCCUGAUCUGGAGAAGAAGUAUUCUAAGCAGGUGGAUACCAGAUUCGGAGCAUACGUUGCCUGUGCCACUCUCGUCUUCUUGUUCAUCUGCUUCAUCCAACUUGUAGUCGUACCACCCUCCAAACUGAUGAUCGGAUUUUAUGUGUCGUGUUGCAUCGUUCUCAUGGUCGUUAUGUUCAUCUCAGUCAUUUACUCCUGUUUUGGGCUUUUCCCAAUGCCCCUACAGCAUCUGUCCAAAAGGAUUGUCCAGUCAAGGCUAAAUAGCACUCUGGUGGCCAUCAUUACCAUUGUGCUGGUCUUUCUUUCUGCCUUCAUAAACAUUUUCACGUGCAGCACCGAUGAUCUGAAACUGUGUUUGAGUCGAGAGUUUAAUAUCAGCCGGAGCAGUGUGAACGCUUGCCACGUGUGCAGCUCUGCCUUUAACUACUCGCUGUCAUCCCAGAAGCACCUCUGCAACAGCACCUUACCUGCCUGCAACUUCCCUGAGUAUUUCUCGUCUUGUGUCCUGCUCAGCCUGCUGGCAUGCUCUGUAUUCCUGCAAGUGAGCAGCAUCGGAAAGCUCUUCCUCAUGCUGUUCAUAGAGCUUUUGUAUGUCAUUAUCAUGGAGGUGCCAGAGGUCAACUUGUUUGACAACGGGGACCUGCUGGUGAUGGCCAACGCAAUUGAAAGCAUCAACGCAACAAGCUGUGGGACAGACAGGGUUCCCCUGAAGAUUAUGACCCCUGUGGUCAUCACCGUUUUUGUACUAGCUCUCUACUUACACGCCCAGCAAGUCGAAUCCACUGCCAGGCUGGACUUCCUAUGGAAGUUACAGGCCACAGAGGAAAAGGAAGAAAUGGAGGAGCUUCAGGCGUACAAUCGGCGUCUCCUACACAACAUCCUCCCUAAAGAUGUGGCUGCUCAUUUCCUGGCUCGGGAGCGGAGAAAUGACGAGCUCUACUACCAGUCAUGCGAGUGCGUGGCAGUCAUGUUCGCCUCCAUCAGCAAUUUCUCCGAGUUCUACGUCGAGCUGGAGGCCAACAACGAGGGCGUAGAGUGUUUGAGGCUUCUCAAUGAGAUUAUAGCUGACUUUGAUGAGGUAAUGCUUUUAGCCCUGUGUUUAGAGAUGACUAGCCCAUCCCAUUUACCCCUCAUUCAUAUUUCUUUCACUGUUAACUUCUCCUGUAUUUCUCAGAUCAUCAGUGAGGAUCAGUUUCGUCAGCUGGAGAAAAUCAAGACUAUUGGAAGCACGUAUAUGGCUGCGUCUGGCCUAAACGACUCCACCUACGAUAAGGUCGGCCGCUCACACAUUCGCGCUCUGGCUGACUAUGCCAUGCGUCUCAUGGACCAGAUGAAGUACAUCAAUGAGCACUCCUUCAAUAACUUCAAAAUGAAGAUUGGUCUUAACAUGGGUCCAGUAGUGGCUGGAGUAAUAGGGGCCCGUAAACCCCAGUAUGACAUCUGGGGCAACACGGUGAACGUAGCCAGUCGCAUGGACAGCACAGGAGUUCCUGAAAGAAUACAGGUUACCAGUGACCUCUACCAGGUCCUUCAUUCUUAUAACUACUCACUGGAAUGCAGAGGAGUUGUCAAAGUCAAAGGCAAGGGAGAAAUGAUGACUUAUUUCCUGAAUGGUGGACCGAGCAGCAGUUAACAGAAGACCUGUAUCUUACAGUCAUGACACUAAAGACACAAAGUGACUUGACGUGUUAAUAGAAAGCAAGGUGCUGAGCAUCGGGGUCUCUUUGCUCUGUCUAGAAGAACAGAGGAACUGUUAAAGAUGGCUCAUGAAGCAUAUUAAAGGUUAAAUCGAGAAAAUCCUCAAAAGCGAGGGCCAAAAUGUGGAGAAAAGGGUGGGGAAAGCAUCCACAUUUACAGAUCCAUCAUCACUAGAAGAGACCAAAGAAAAGCAAAGGAAUCUCAGAAGUGCGAGGCGUUUCACCUGCUCGGACUUUUCUCCUUGUAGGAGAGGGUGAGCGCUCGGACCCUGGCCUGCCCUCGAAAUGACAAAACUGUCUGAAUUUGAAUAAAAGUAGGCAGAUGCUAUGUUUUGUGUAUAUGAUGAUCUUUGGGAAGCAAUGUUCUCACGGUCUCGUUCUCCUCGAACACUGCUGAACAAAACGGACUCGGCGCAGCAACCGCAUAUUAUAAAUCCUUCUCCUACCCAGUGCUGGAGGACUGUGGUGGAUAUCAGUAAGAAGAACUGACUGUGUUCUGUGUCUGGCUACUUCAGAAUGAGUCUGCUCUAUCUACACACACACACACACACACACACACACAUUCAUACCCCUACGCCCACUUACUGAGCUGAAGACACUCCGGAGGAUAAAAAAUAAUGGUCAAACCUGCGUUUAUUUUGUAUCUUUGAGAUUUUGUAUUUUGUCUCAAAAACCAAACCUUAUCAAAGCUAUUUUAGAUUCUAUAUUUUGUACAUUAAUAUAUUAGAGCGAUGUCUAUAAACAGAGGUGUGUAUUCAGAUGUAUAUAUCUAAAGAAAAUUGCAACAAUCAUGUAUAUUUUAAUGGGAAAGUUAGUUUUCUUUCACUUGUACUCUUCUUUUGCAUUGAAGCUAUUUCGGGUUCACAAGAAAUCCCCCCCAAAAAAACAAACAAAAAAAAAAACGAGAGAAAGAGAGAAAAAUAGUGGCUUUUAUUCUACAUUCUCAAUAAAAAAAUCGCAGGAGUUUUCCCAGUGCCAACGUUGUUAAAACUAAUGAACCUUUGUUAAACCAGUACAGAUCAGAGCUUGCACCCUACAGUGAGAGUUUAUGUUCUAUGUGGGGAUGUAGUAGAUGCCCCACACUUCUUUGGCCAUUUUUUGCACUGCUCGUCUGCCUUCCUUAGUGUGUCGUACACUGCUUCCCCAUCCUAGCUCAAUCAGAUGCUAUGACCCAAUGAAUGUUCUAUUUUUCCAGUGAGGCCUUCAUAUGUACAGAACACUGAGUGACCACUAAUCAGUGCCAUGCUCAUCAGGAGUCCUUUAGGCAUAUCCUUAUUCAGUUCAGCUAGAAGGGUUCUUCAGUGUCUUUUAUGCCAAGUAGAAGGAGACAGGCACCACAUUUUUACACUAUUUCUUUUUUCUUUCAUGAAGAAGCUAGUUGAUCUAAAUCUUUAAGAACUGUCUGUUACAGCAUGUGCACUCUCAGGUUUUCACCUGGAAGAACCGUAUACUGUAUGGAAAUCGAAUUUAUUUUAUUUGUAUUAUUUCCUCCUUUUUGACAUUUACAGUUGUAACUUGACUACUGUGUGGGGUAUCAAAAAAUCAUUUCUCUUUGCAGGGGAAAGAAGAAUGCAGUGCCAUAUAUUUACUGUCAGGUUGUGAACACCGCAAACAAAGAGAAGCUACGGUGAUGUCAACAUUGUACGUUUUGCUAUUUUCUGUUUUAUUUUAAACGUGCAGUUGGAGGCCUUUGGAUCCUGGUCAGCGCAGGUUCAACUCAUUUAACCCUCCUGUUAUGUUCGCUAUCCCGGUCCGAUUUUCCCAAAUGACAUAUUUUGACCAAAAAACUAUUAAGAAAUGUGUGACACUAGUGAAUUUAAUUUUGGCCAUUUUUAAAUGUUUUUACUGUAGUUUAUAAUUAUUUUUAUGAAGCCCACCAAUGACUAAUUAUCUCCCAUAAUUCCUAACCACAACAUUUUUUUUGAAUAAAUAUUUGAACAGCUAUGAACAAAUGUCAGCUACUAUGUGAGUGUUUUGCAACAUGCCACUGUUAGUCGCUAUGUUUGUGUGCAUGUAUUUGUGGGAGAGAUCGACAGACUCUAUGAAUUAUGUCUGAGCGAGAGUGUGCCUCACAAUCUGUUUUCCCGUCUUCCUCUCCCUGCUCUCUUGUCACAUGUGUGAAUAAUCUGUUCUUGCAUGGGGAUUGCUGUAUUAUUUGCAUUUUCCAUUACUGCACUGUAGAGUUGUAGAGGUUGCAGAGUGUCAUUGAGUAAGCUGGACAGAAAUGUUUCAAAUGGAAGGAAGAAGAAAAAAAAAAAAGAACCAAAGAAAUAGGUUUUCUAUUUCUAAUGCUUCCAUGUUUUCAUGCUUCCAUUUUUUUUUCCCCCCUAAAACAUAAACAGGUCAAUUUGACCUAGAACAUAAAAGGAGGGUUAAACAGGCAAGAAGAUUGUGACGAAUUGUACGACGUAUAACCACACUUCUUUCUCACAGAUGUCGAGGUUCAGAGGCUGUUUGUCUGUGUUUUAGAGACAUGUUUGUUUUUUAAUAAUGGACAUUGCUGAACUGCAGAACUUCAGAGCUAAUUUAUGGUUUGUUUCUCCUUAUCUGUGAUGUCAAAACAAACACUAUACCCCUUUUUUUACAUUCAAAUAAAUCACGUCAAUGUUUAUAUAUUCUGGAAAUAAAUUAGGCCAUCAGUGCUUAUGCUCAUUA